AAAAGGAAAUAUUGGACGUACGAGAGAGACCACGAUGUGUUGUUUACAUAGUCUUCCCGCGAAAUUUCCAUGUACUUUUUUGUCUCAAGUAAAUGAAACUUGAAUACUCACAUAUUGAGCUGCAUACGAUGAUAGAAAGGCCUCACUCUUAAGUCAAGAAUUUGAACUCUGUACACAAGUGAAAUUUAACAGAAAAUGAAAGAAACAUAGAGAUACACAAUUAAGAAAAAAUCAGUUGAAAUGAGGGAAAACGAUUGCUUGCAGUUGAUGCAUUUGGUUGCCAUGGCACCAACUCGUAAUUCCGAUGAAAGUGAUGCCUCAAUGAGAGAACGUCUUGUAAACAGUCUUAGUCAGAGUUUCCCAGGAAGUGCACUGUCGAAGGCUUUAAGUUGUAUGUCAGCUGAGGACUCUGAAUGUGAUGACGACAUGAAGGACCCAUUAAGUAGUAGCUGCUUUGCUGAAUUAAGACUGGAUAAAGUUGACAUAGAAGAUGAUGAUGAGUUAACAAGUUUAUCUUGGCUACAAGAUAAUGACUUAUUGAAGAAUAUUAAACCUAGUGAUGUUGAUGAUGAUGACGACUCACAAAAGGAGAACGACAACAAUCAUAGAGACGGCAACCAUUUCAACCCAAGUCAUCCACCACAUGUUCCGUACAAUCCACAGAAACAUAUACAUAGUAAACCGCCAUACUCUUUCAGUUGUUUAAUUUUCAUGGCUGUUGAAGAUUCCCCACACAAGAAGUUACCAGUUAAAGAUAUUUACUCAUGGAUCUUAAACCAUUUCCCGUACUUUCAGAAUGCACCAACUGGUUGGAAGAAUUCUGUCAGACACAAUCUUUCCCUCAAUAAGUGCUUCAAGAAAGUUGACAAAGAUCGUGGCCAGAGUAUUGGUAAGGGAUCACUAUGGUGUAUAGAUCCCGACUACAGACCGAACCUACUCCAAGCUCUCAGGAAGACCCCAUAUCAUCCAUAUCAUCAACUACAAAUGUUGGCUAAUCCACAACCCACACAGCAAUACCAUUAUGUUCCAAAUGGCAUGAGGCCUAUGCCAUUAACACCAAGAUUCGGACCAAAUACCAUCUCUCCUCAUCUGUUUCCAUUUUUAAGUAAAAGAUUGGCACAAUCAAAUAGUAGUGAUAACAAUGAUAUUGACAGAGACAUACAAGAUGUUGCUCAUACAUUGGUUUCUCUUAAAGGAUUGGGCAAUCGAGGUUCACCAGCAAGGUCAUCUGAUGGUGAAGAUUAUGCUUCAAAUAGUUACAGAAUGAGAUUGAAAAGAAAGCAAAUGCAACUCAAGACGGACUUUGUUAAGCGACGACACACAGAGCCGAUUGUAGUUACAGAAGUACCAAGUGACGAUCAUACAUACAGUUUAACAAACUUCGGUAACAUUGGUUCACCAGCUUCGUCUAUUGAUGAAGAAUAUGACUUUGGAGAAGAAGAUGAUAAUUUCAGUGAGGAGUGUAGCGACAUGUCUGACUGGGAUAGUGAUAUGGACGAGGUGGACGGAGAUAUUCCAAAUAAACAUACAAAAGUUACCCCUCAUAAAAACAUUCACAAUAGUAGUAUGGCAAAAAUGACUUCUAGGAAACGAAAAGAAAUGGAGGAGGAAGAACAGAAAAAAAUCGUAGAAGGUGCUGAUGCAUUAUUGAACUUGGCUGGUAUUAUGACAAACUCUAGUUCACUCAAAUCUAACAGAUCGCAUUCAUGAUUGUAACUUAAUAGCCAUGACAACAGAUAUAGUGCAGGGAAAACAUAAUGCCAUAGAGGGAGAAAUGAUGUCUUCCUUUUUGCUGCUUUGUAUAUAGAAUACUUCCAUUUAUCAUGUUUAUUUUUC